AUGCAGCUUAACCUCACCGAGACAAUUUCGAAGUCCAAGUGCUCGCGUCUCAUUAGCAUGACGCACAGCUCCAAAGAGCGUAUAGAGAAUUCAGAUACAGCAAUGAGCCAACCUCGCAAUGGGGUGGCACGUAGUAACGACGUUGGAAUAAAACUAUUCUCAUCAGCCCUGGUUGUUGUGUCUCAGCCUCCACUAAGUCUAUUCCUGUGCAUCUCAUUUGCCAGCCACGUAGAGAACGUUGCAGACAUUGACCCUGCAGAAACCCUUACUGCUCAGACGGUCCAAGCUAUCCAGGACUCUGAACUUGGACCAGGGGUCAUCGCCACAUGCGUAACACAGUCGAGAAUCAUUCUCCACUAUAUUCCCGAACACCCCGGGGCUCCGGAGAAGGGGCCGAUGCCGCACGUUACCGUAUACUUGAUCGCAAUGCUGCGUCCAUCGGAGAAAACGACUGCCAAUGCCCUUUCAGGGCUUGCUCUUGGCCAGGUUCUGUUUCAUGAACGUCAAAGUGUCCAACAACUGACUGUUCUCCAGGGGACGCAUGAGAUCAAGCUUGCAGUGAUUCCAGAAGCCCAGUCUGCAAUUGGCUACAUUCCCCGAUUAUCUCGUGAUACCGAAGCCUAG